UGUAAAUAAAUAUUAUCUGCCGCGGGAAGUACAUUGCAUUUAGGGCAGGUGGCGAGCAGCUGUAUUAAAUCGCGGUGUGCGGAACUUUGGCAUUGCACAACCUAAAAUAAUGUUCAUGGAGCUUUGCUCACCUUUAUACCCCAGUGUACGCCCUGUACACCCCUUGAGAUCUACCUAAACGCUUGUAGGAGCCGAAUUGGACAAUGCCUCCAAAGCAAUCUACAAGCAGCGCUCGCGGCCGAGGCUCCUCUGGACCGGCCAAGGCUCAUGCUUCCGCCUCUUCUACCUCUGGUCCUUCCCGAGCGCGUAAGCAAGCCCAAGCCACCGCUUCAGACGCGAGCGACGCGGAUCCGUUUGCGGAGGACGAACGGUCGCAGCAGCAGCGACGAAGGGCGCAGGAUAAUACGAUGGACCUCGAUGACGAAGACGAAGCGGAAGAAGAAGAAGAGGAGAGGAAGACGAUACCGCCGGAGCUGCUGACACAUGUGCUGCAUCAGUUCUUCGAGAAGGACGGCACGAGGGUCUCGAAGGAUGCGAAUGCGGCGAUUGCGAAGUACAUGGAUAUUUUUGUGCGGGAGGCGAUUGCGCGGACGGUCGUGGAGAAGGAUAAGGGGUUUCUUGAGGUCGAGGAUCUGGAGAAGAUCGCGCCGCAGUUACUGCUUGAUCUUUAAGGGGUGCGGGUAGGACAUUUUAUCCUGCUGGCUGGAUACGCUGCUUGAACCUGUAGGUACUACAGAUACGCUUUUAGUGGUGUCUGCGUUGCAUUGGUUCAGUGCAAAAGAUCUGUGACGGGAUCAUGAUCAACGACGAUGGAGAUGGUAUGGACUAGCAAGUACACAUGCUUGGAUGAAAAAAUCCCCCGGAUCGAUCUACGAUGCCGCCGUCACAGAGAUCUUGGCGUUUCUUCUGCCUGCUAAGUUUCUAGUGCUAAGUAAUACCUAGUAGUUGGCUGAGCACCCCGUUGUCAAAGCCUAAUAGAUUAGGUAGAAACACGCCGUACUGUCGAGACUACCCAAAGUACAUACCUAAGGCGGCAUCAUCCUUCACGGCUUAACCUAGGUCUUCGUUCUAUUCUACCCCUCAGAGGAUAAUUCUGUCUAUCUAUUUUACAACCCUUUUGCUAAAGGGCAUGAUACCGGGGACAGCCUUGCUAUGGGACACUGGCAGAUAGCUUGACUUAGGACCAGGCGAGAAGAUGUUAACUAACUUAGCUAAAUAUAGAUAUCUUUUCGUCGAGCUUCAACACUCGCAGGCCUUAAGACAUCGAACUCGUGG